UUUUAACUUUUCCUCUGUAGAGAUAAGACCAAAAUGAUUCACACCUAGCUAAGUUUUUCUGUAUUAGUCUUUUGGCACACACAAAAAAAAAGUUAAUAGCUGUUUAAUUAAAAUGACAAAAAUACUGUUCUGUAGUUACCGGAGUUGGCAAACAUGUGCUCAAGUGCCACAAUGAAAACAUAGGCCAGUGUAAGUUAAAGUGCAACCAAACCUAUUUUCGUGUUUUGUUUCGAAAUACAUUAAAAUGUGUUUGAAGAUCAGCGCUGAAAAUGUGCAGAUUGAGAACAACAUAGUACUGAAUUGUUGCGCUAUGGCUUAAAAACUCUUUCACCAUUUUCUAUUUCUUCAUUUUAUUAUUAUUAUUUGAAGUAGUGGUAGUAGUACUAUUAUUAUUUAUGAUUAUGUAUUUCAUAUCUAUUGGUACUCGAUCUCUUCAUUUGCAAAUAAAAUUUACCAUUCAACAAAUAUCAAAUGAGUUUUACUCAAAAUCUGGAUGUAGGGAUUUCAAUCAUUUUGACCAUAUCUAUGUGUAAAUAUUACCUUCAUUUUAAUUUUCUCCUUAUGUAACCAAGAGAGACACAAGCGUUUUGGAAGACUGAGUCACGUUCAGAUAAGGCACACUUGCUCGUGGACAUAAACAUUUACGAGGAAAAAGGAGUAAAGUUAGUUAGUCAGUAGAACUGACCUUGAGGUUUUGCUCAUUCUUUACCGAGUUUUGUCCUUUGCUCUAAACAGACACGACUUCAUAAUUGGAGGGUCAACACUGUUUUUGUGCUAUCUGAUCCGAUCUGUGCAAGCCAGAAGCUGUGGAAAUGAAAAGGGAAAUCGGGUUGAUAGGUGGCGUGGCAUUUAUUUCAGGAACCAUGAUUGGAUCCGGUAUAUUCAUGUCACCGCAGUUUGUGCUGGCCUACACAGGAAGCCCUGGAGCAAGCUUGUUGAUCUGGGCCCUCUCUGGAGUUGUGGCCAUGUUUGCGGCGUUGUCCUACACCGAACUUGGAACCGUUAUCCCUGAGUCUGGGGGCGAAUUUAUUUACAUCCUUCGGAUCUACGGGUCAUGUCCUGCUUUCUUUGCAGCAAUUACUUUCAUUCUGGUCGUCAAGCCUUUUAGCAUUGCUGCGGUGUCAAUUAGCAUCGCAAAGUAUGCAACAGCCCCCUUUUACAGUGGAUGUGAUCCCCCACAGCUGAUGGUGAAGUGCGUCGCAGCUGUGGCCAUACUGACUGUUGCCAUCGUAAACAUCUUGAACGUACGCCUCGCUGUCAGAAUCCAAGUCGUCUUCCUGAUGGCCAAAGUCUUAACAUUGACACUUAUUGUAAUUGGAGGAAUUGUGGCGCUCACACAGAACAAUGGUGUCAUUGUACGAAAUUUGAAUGUUGACGAUGCUUUUAAGGGCACUCAGUAUUCCUUUAGCACGAUGGGAAUGGCUUUUUAUCAAGGACUCUGGUCAUAUUCUGGCUGGUACAACUUAAACUAUGUCAUUGAGGAACUGAAACAACCGCAGGUGAGACCGGAAAAAAGGUGGGAUUUUACAUCAAAAUCACGGUAAUGAUUUUGCCAAUGUGUUAUUGUGAAUCUGCCAAAUGAUGGUUCGACAUUCAAUGGGAGAAAUGUUUAAUUGAGCCAACUGGAGUCUUUUCACGAAAUGCACUUUGUCAAAGGCAAAUAACAUAUCAGUUGAUACGCAACAACUGAACUCUUUCGUUCAGGGCAGGUGGACAAAAUACUUGGUGAAACGACUUGGUGAAAUUGGUUGUUUUGUGUACAUCCCUUUAAUGUUUUGCUGAAGCACCUUAUAAUCUCAACUUUGUUAAACACAAGCCGCACUAAAGUGCCCACAACAAAAUUAAGGUAAGGUCAUUUAUUAUUCAACAUCGUCCCUCACUUUCUUUCAGUCUGAUCUGACUGAAAUGCCUCAGCCAUUCAUUCUCUGUUUGCUGACCCCACAGUCUUCAAGGCUGUUUUCUCAUGCAGGCUUUCCUCUGAAGUCCUUAGUCAUCUUCUUGCAGAAAAAAAAAAAAAAGUUCUUCACGCUGCUUCUUCCAACGUCACAUCAUCCAUUAAUUUACUUAAAGCUCAUGUGCAGAGGCUCAAUUGCUCUUUUUACUGGAUUGAUUGAUUUGAUUGUAACAAGGUAGAGAUUUUGUUGCGUUUUCAGCAGAUAUGAAUACCGGUCUGAAUGCUCCAAUGUGUACGGUUUUGAUUUAAAAACGUGAGCAGUUAACACUUCACCAUGGAGUUCAUCAAGAAAAAAAAUCAUGACCAAGUCAACUCGGUUUCCACCAAUCCAGGGUCUGCCUUUCACACAAAGUCGGCUGGGAUAGGCGGAACUCCCAGCGACCCUGAACAGGAUAACCAGUAUAGAAAAAGGAUGGAUGGGUGGACUGAUAGAGGGAUAAACACACUUUUGGUGACAGAAGCUAAGAAUAGAUGAGAAUGUGACGCU